ACCCUGGGUGCUUUCUGGCUUGCAGUGCUCUUGGCAGACAUGAGGCAACGAUUGCUCCCGUCCGUCACCAGCCUUCUCCUUGUGGCCCUGCUGUUUCCAGGAUCGUCUCAAGCCAGACAUGUGAACCACUCAGCCACUGAGGCUCUCGGAGAACUCAGGGAAAGAGCCCCUGGGCAAGGCACAAACGGGUUUCAGCUGCUACGCCACGCAGUGAAACGGGACCUCUUACCACCGCGCACCCCACCUUACCAAGGGGAUGUUCCACUGGGAAUUAGAAAUACCAUCUGCCGUAUGCAGCAAGGGAUCUGCAGACUUUUUUUCUGCCAUUCUGGGACAGGCCAGCAGCACAGACAACGCUGUGGAUAAGGAGAGUAGAGCCUCUUCCUGCCUCCUGUCUUCUGGAGUUGUGACCGCAGGGUGGCCCAGGUGGAUCGGCCUCAGAGGCCAGGGGGCAGCUCUCUGCAGCCGAAGAGCAGGAGCCUCACCCACGGUCUGUGGCUCUGACUAAGCCUGGACUGCCUCUCGGCUGUGCUCCGUGGACUGGCUCCCCAGGGAUCCAUGUGAGAGACCGGAGUAUGAUCCUCAGUGCGAGGACAAAUAAAAGUAGUGAUUACGUCCACCCCA